GCAUCCCACAUCGUUCGCGACAACAAGCGCCAGGCUCGCAGACAAGGAAGUCAUAUCGCGGUGAAGAAGUGUGAUGAGCCAAAUGAAGCUUAGAGGCCAUGUCGCAAGCUCAUGAAACAGGCAAGCUGAAGCGCGGGCUCGCAGGAUAGGCUGAUAAGCAGAGGAGUUGAGCAAGAAGAGGAGCAAAGGCAAAAGGCCGAACGAACUCCAGAACACCUAGCAUUUCUAGCUCUGAUGUCAAUCCUCAAGACUCAAAUACCUUUUCGAGCGUUCGGCUAUAAGUGACCGCUUCGCCCUUUCCCUUCUUCCCCUCCUUACACCACUCCAUCUUCAACACCAGACCUAUCCUCACAUCUCACCCACCACACAUAGCAAUCAUGUCUACCUACAACGGAGCCUGCCACUGCGGAGCCACCGAGUGGACCGCCUCCCUCGACAAGGACACCAGCAGCCACAUCCUGUGUCACUGCAACACCUGCAAGAUCCUGUCCGGUGGCGCCUACACUCUCAACCAGAUCGUCCCCAAGGACAGCCUGAAGAUCACCAAGGGUGGUGACAACCUCAAGAACUACACCUACAAGGGUGACUCUGGCAACCCCGUUCACUGCUACUACUGCCCCGAAUGCACUACUCACGUCUACCACCACCAGACCGCUCUCGGCGACGACAAGAUUGUCCUCCGCACAGGUCUUCUCUCUGAGGGUCGCAAGAACUUCGGCCCCGCCGCCGAGAUCUACGGCAAGGACCGCUUCUCGUGGGAGAAGGAGGUUGCCAACACCUUCGAGGUCCUUCCUCCUCAGUAAACUCUUUGCAUGAAAUAAUCUUGGAACUCUUUGGUAUUGGAAGCAUCAGACAGACAGACUCUGCGAAGAGCUAUGAAAAUAUGAAUCACUAUUGAACAAU